CUUGGGCGUUGGACUCCGCAUCUUAUUAGCAACAAGGGGAAUUUCUCCAUUUUGCAGCCUGUCUACGGCGACACGACCACCAAUCUGGGAUUUUAUUACUUCUCCUUCACCUGCCAGCUUUUUCCCUGCUAUUCUGAAAAAUCCUCUUCACUCUUGCUGGACUUUGCUUUUCCAUUUUCCCUGUGAACUUUUUCUUUGUGCACACACAGAGAGAGAGAGAGUGAGAGAGAGCGAGCGAGAGAGAGAGGGGCCAGCAGCGAAGAGCUUUGCGUUUCAACAAAGAGGCUUGUGGGUCUUUGUUCGUUUUUUGGAUCGGUUGAGUUUCUUUGUUGGAGCGAAAAGCAUGGGAGCGCAAUUGACCAAGACAGCUGGAAAGGCUGAAACCGCGGCUGAAAAGCCCGGGGAGGCUGCUGCUUCACCCACCAAGACCAACGGACAGGAAAACGGACACGUUAAAGCGAACGGGGACGCCUCUCCUGCAGCAGCUGAGAACGGCAAAGAGGAGGUGCAGGCUAACGGCAGCGCCACCGCCGAGGAGACCCCCAAGGAGGAGGCAGAGAAGGCCGAGGACGCUCCUGCUGAGAAGGAGGCUGCAGAUGGGGAGAAGGUAGAGGCAGCAUCUCCAGCUCCAGCUGAGGGAGAGGCUGCAGCCAAGGCCGAGGACGCCGCCACACCUUCCACCAGCAACGAGACCCCCAAGAAGAAGAAGAAGAGGUUCUCCUUCAAGAAGUCCUUCAAGCUCAGCGGCUUUUCCUUCAAGAAGACCAAAAAGGAGACGGGCGAUGGUGCCGAGAACGAGGAAGGCACUGCUGCUGCUGCACCCGCAGAGGAGGCCAAGGCUGAGGGCGCAGAGGAAGCACCGGCGGCUGCUGGAGAGGAGGCCAAACCCGCCGAGGGGGAGGCUGCACCUGCUGCAGAGCAGGCCAAGGAGGAAGUAGAGGCCAAACCAGAGGAGGCAGCACCAGCAGCAGCACCAGCAGCAGAGAAACCAGCUGAGGAGGCCAAGGAGGCUCCAGCUGCAGAGGAGCCGAAGGCCGAGGAGAAGCCGGUCGAACCUGCAGCCGAGGAGGCGCCCAAAACAGAGGAGGCCGCCCCGGCUUCACAGGAGGCAGCGUCAGCGGAGGCUCCAGCUGCUGCCACAGAGGCUGCAGAGUAAGGUCUGGAAGAGGAAGAAAUUUUUAAAAAGGAGAGAAAAAGAUAAUCAAAGAACAUUUCCCUGUUUGUACGUUGGAGUGACGCCAGGUCCUGGCUUUGAAGAACUUGUCUACGACCAGGGAUAUUUUAAAGCUUUUCUUUGUUUUUUAUUUUUGGUUUCCAUUCCCCCCUUACACAAAACCCAUCUCAGUCCAUUGUUACUAGCAUUCCAACGGGCUAGGGAGGUGGGUGGCUUCAAUAUGUACAAGUGAUUAAAUACAUCCACACUCUGCCAUAUAUUUUUACAUCAGUAUUAAGUUUUUUUUUUUGUUAAUUUUUAUACAAAAUGUAAACAAAAAUAGUAUGGACAUGCCCAUGGUAUGAAGGAGACGGGGGUUGAGCUGUAAAUGAAGGGUAAGGGAGGGGGUGAGGUCAGGGAGGGCGGGGGGGAGGGGAGCCUGGGAAAUAUGCCACAGACUAUUAUGGAAAAGAGUAGUCUUAAAAAAAAAACUAUGAGACCAAUAACUAUACACACCAUACGGUUUACAACACUAAGUCAUUUUUACCAGAAGACAGCAACGAGUCCCAGAGUUAGAUUUUUAGGAAGUCAUAUAAACUCAUAGGAGCUUUUCACUUCUCAUUAGCUGUACCAGUCGGUGAUUCAGUAGAAAUACAAGUUGUAUAGGCUUUAUUGUUUAUUGUUGAUUUUAUGACCUUAAUAAAAAUGUAAGUAUGUAUAGGCGGGGUGUUUUUAACUGUGAUUAUUGUACAAAAUGAAAUCUUGAUCUCAAGAAGCACAUGAAGUUUGCAGCUCUUUUUUCCACCCGCUCAUUUUUGUAAGAUACCAACACAAACACACACAGAGAAAGAAAAAAAGUCAUCCUGGAAGACCUUCUCAAGCAAUUUUGAACUCAACAACCAAGCUGUGAUAAGUGGAAUGGUUAACUGUUUAUAUACUGUGGUAUGUUUUUUGAUUCCAGCAGGCAGUUCUUUUACCAGUGGUCUUUGACUAAAUUUAAAGGAAUCUAUCCGAUGCAAAUGUUUGUGUAGCAUCUUGUCUCUCUCUAUCUCUCUCUCUCUUUCUUUUCCUUUUGUAAAUACUGGAGAAGCUUUGACCAAUUUGACUUAGAGAUGGAAUGUAACUUUGCUUACAAAACAAUUGCUAUUAAACUCCUCUGCUUAAGGUGUUCUAAUUUUCUGUGAGCACACUAAAAGCAAAAAUAAAUGUGAAUAAAAUUUGA